AUGGACAAGCCGGACCCUUGGAGAUGCAGAUUUUGUAUGCGCCUGGUCAAGGGCAGAUCGGGACAAUGUGGAGGUUGCUGGAGAUACUGGUCACAAUGCAACGACUCGAGCUAUGUGCAUCAGCAGCCACGGCAAUCCCAACAUCAACAUGGAGGUGCAUACACAGCAGGCUGGCAAGAAUGGAACGACCAUCAAUGGCAAGAGGCAGGUCCGUGGGCUUCCGGAAGAGCCAAGUCCCCACGGAAACGCACUCAAAGCCCAAGGCAACGUGUGCAAAAGCAGUUGCAACAAAGUUCCAAGGGAGAUGUGAGCAAAGGAAAAGGCAAGGGUUCCAACAAGGGCUUUGCUGGUCCCCCUUCCACCCAAUGGCUUACACCGCCCUCAUUGCCAGCUUCUAUGGUGCCUUCAUCGACGGAGGCUUCCUCAGUGAAUGCCCCAACAGCAUCAAUGCCCUCAAUGCAGCCUUUCCCCAAGCCUGCGAUCAGCAAGGACGAGCAGGAACUGCAUUCGCUGCGGCACAUGUACAAGGAAAUCAAAAGCAAGUCCAAUUUGCCGGAGGACAUCAAGAAGGUGGUCCUUGCGACAGAAGCGACAGUCCGAAAGGUAGACGCCAAGACCCACAGCCAGUUGGUGUCGCAGUUGAACAACAUGCGAAAGAAGCUCUCAGAGAUCGACGAACAAUGGGAAUCUUAUCGACAGCAGUGGGCAGAUUACCUCGACAAAGCCACUCAAAUGUGGAUGUCACAUGUGGAGGAGUUCGAGCAAGGAGAGGCCCGGUUUGCAGAAAGGCGUGGAGAAGCGCUUCGCAAUCUUCAAACCACAAGGGAAGCUCUCCACGACGCUCAUCAGAGGACGAUGGGACAAGAUGUCCUCGCAUCGAACGACAUAGAUUCAGCUCAGGAAGCUUUGGAUGCUACUAUGACUGUGGGCGAGAACGACUCCACAGGGAUGCAGACAAGCUUUGCCCAGAUCAAAGAGAACCUCAAUGGUGUGGUGCAGCAGGUUCGCAACACUAUCGAGGAGAAGAUCAAGAAGCGAGAGCGCUCAAGAUCACGUGGACAUCAGGGCGAUGGCAGUGGAGAUCCUCCAGAUGUCGAAGUUGUGGAACCCGCCGACAAAAAGGUCUUUCCAGAGUGUGUUACAUCUGGGAGAAGAGACACGGGGCGGAAGAAAGACAGGUUUUGCAAAGUGUCCUUUUGGCCCAUCAUUGACUUUGAGGGAGUUGUCACUGCUGAGUCCUGUUCCCUUUGCAAUUUCUGGUCGGAAUCUGAUGAUUUUCAUCGUGAUCGUCAGAGACAUCCUUUUCCUUAUUGCCAUUCAGUUUUGGAAGAACCUGAUUUUCACAGUGUUUGGGAAGCGCGAGAUUCAGCACUCCUAUUACAAGAAUCGCUGCAAUCGACAGCCUUUGAUGUCCAAUUCGACACUACGCGAAAGACUUGGACAAUGGACACCUCAGCGGCAGUCCUUGGAAUGACUGACGGAGCAAUUCCACCAGUCAUGCAAUCAAGAAUCAAUGAUGCUUGGCAUGAUGUUCCAUCGAGCUGGCCGACAUCAGAUGGACCACCUCAUGGACAAGAUCCAAAUGAAAAUCCAUUCUUCUUGCUCCAAGACCUCUACAAUGAGUUUCUCAACAAUGGCCUAGUGGAUGGGCCCAGCCUUGCAGAUGCCAUACAUUUGCGCCUCGCUUUCUUCGUUUGUCAUCCUGAUCCUCCACGCGCCAACGGUCAUUAUGAGCUUUAUUUUGAUCUGAUUUUGGUACAGGGCAUGGAUUUCCCAGCUUGGGCUGGUUUGAUCACUGUUCUUCGGGCAGAGGACCACAUGGACAGGGCUGAUUUUGCACUUGCAGCCUCUUUGCCCAGAUAUGUCAGUGGACAACACCUUGCUGCCCAAGCCAAUCAGAUUCAACAAUGCCAUUUGCGCGGUUGCAGGAUUAGCUAUGGACGCCAAUUGAUUCCCUUCAACUUUGACCCGGUCCAUGAGAUGACCAAUGGAGACUUUUUUCUCAUCAAGCCCGAGCGGAGCCGCCCAAUUGGGUCUAUGCAAAAUGACGGACAGCAGGCAGACAAUCAAUUGGAUUAUGAGGAUGAAGCACAAGAACAUGACCUUCAACAUGACAGAGCUUCAGACAGCAGGUCCCAGUCUUCUGCUGGCACCUGGUCUCAAGCGGUGCACAUAUAUCGUCUUGGUCAUCUUGCGAUUUUUGGUCACCUCGACUGGAGCUCCUACCACACUGCCCUACGUGAUGUGGUGCAGAUUUCACGCAUUCCCAGAAAUUCCUGCGUUGGUUUUCAUUAUGUGCAAGUGCGGCUGCCCGGUCAUCAAGAUGGGGAAGAAGCCAUUAUAUUGCAACACAUUGAUGACAUAGCGACAGGAUCCCUGGAAAAGCUGGUGAUCAUUGACAUUGUCUUUCACACCAACACCUUGUCGCGUGGAGUCCCUGACAGAGCCAACACCGUUAGGGAAGUCUACAAAGUGCAGCAUCUCAUGGCUCGCAGUCACCUUUUGGCGUUGACGCAUGUGGAUGCUUAUUGCACUUGGAGACAGGACCAAUGCAUAGUUCGUUUCAAUGAUCAACUUUGGGCACCGGGUGAUCCUCGACUGUUGCCAAUUGAUCAUGGAGCCUUUUUUCAGAUUCAACUGCCACCGCCCCCAAAUCCGGAUUGGGAUAUCGGCUUGGCUGUCAGAACGAUCCAGGAAACUGGCGACAUCCUUGACUUCCCGGAAGCUGGUCAGCUUGCCACAGCCAUCUUGGAGGGGAGUAUUGAUGGCAACCGUAGAGCUUUUGGAGAAGGUUCUGUUGAUGGAGCACGACUUGUCACUUGCAAGUGCAAUGAGGAUGAUGCAGAUAUUCCUGAGGACAUCGACAUUCCCAUGAUGCUCCCACCAGGAACGAGCCUGCGUGGGCCUCGACCAUCUCAUGAUGGUGCUUUUGACUGGCUUGAAGAUUUGGUUGCAGUUUUUCGACAGGAGGCAGAAGCGGAAACGAUUGAAGGAAGUCCUCUUCUUUAUGUGCAAACAUGGUACAUCCACCACCGUCGACACAAACGCUGCCAAUAUCCUCGCUCAGUGAGAUUGGAUGGCGCUAUCAUUGGAUGGAUUGAAGAGUUGCGACAUGCUUGGAGUGAUGUCAUGGACAGAGGCUUGCCUUUCGCUAUUCAUGUCGUCAAGCCGAGGCCACCUCAACCAAGAUGGCAAUCAUUUGCAUGCCAUAUCAUCCUGGUACAAGCUCCACAACCUCAUUGGGUUGCGGGAGUUGUUACUACACUUCUGGAAGGUCCUGAUCGUGAUGCCAUCAUGCAAGCGGCUGCUUCUUUCCCUGACUUAGUGAACAAGCCUGCUGUCAUUGAAGCAGUGCAGCUGCAACCACAAUGCGAUCUCCGUAGAUGCUCGGUGACAGCUGGUGGGCUGCCUGUUCAUCUGAUCUUGCAAUCAGAGCUUCACAAUGGUUUCAACGUUUGCAUCAGAGUGGCCUCUGCUUUGGGGCUGGAGCAGCGACCACUACAACCCGGGUCUGCACCAGAUCAUAUUGACCACUUUGAUGAUGUUGUCUUUAUGCAAAGAAGCCGGAGCACUCCAGUGAUUGCGAGCUCUUCGAUUGCACCAGGGACCAAUUGCCCGGCGGUUGGUCACAUCAUUGUUAUUCAGCAUGCAGAUGAAGCGCUUGUCACGAGCCUGGUCUCAAUCAUUGACAGGCCAGGCCCAGAGGCUACCAAUCUCCUGCAAGUUUCUGCAGUUACUUCAUCAGGGCCCGCUGAUGCCAUUGAGGGUGAGCGCCUAACGCAGGGGCAGGUGGCUCACACCCCUGGGCCACCCCAGGUCCUGCAACUGGAGUCACUUCUCUACGCAGAAGGACAUCCUGCUGCACAUCCUUUGAGACUGAUCAGAGGCCACGAUGACAUCCCCCCUUUGCCGACCUUCAUUGAAGUUGGCAGGCCAAUUACGCCAGAAUCGGUUCAACAGGAACUGCAAUGCUAUGGCCAUGACUGUGCAAUUGAGCUUCUUGGAGAGGGAUCUUUGGCCAUGUGUUUUCCCAGGUCUUUGGCAAGAACUCAUGUGGAACACUCACACUUUGUCUUCAUUGAAAUGCAAGAUUUUGCGCCUUCGAUUGAUCCCGUCUUCCAUCUGCAUUCAGACUCCUCUCUGAAGAAGGAUGACCACAUUGGUAUGAUGCGUUUUCUUUACCAGAUGGGGCAUGAGAAGGCUGUAAUUCUUGCAACGAUUCCGCAUUGCCACAACUUGACUGAAGUGCAGUUUACAGUCUCGGUUGGCACCAUGGAAACCAAAGCGCAGUUGCCACAACGCAUGGACUUACCAGCCACAACGGCGGAAGCCAUCACCUUGUUACAACCGUUGGAGCAUUAUGACCGGCUCAUCAUCUAUACUGAUGGCUCCUCACAUUCAGCCCAUUUGCGUUUAGCACCAGAGCUUGUGGAAGAGCACCACAUCCCAGAUGCCUGGUCUUUCGUGGUGCUAGGUGAACAGUAUGAGGAGUCGGACUCUGCAAUGACGAUUGGGCAGUCACGUGGCACGCUGGGAGCUCAACAACAUGAUGAAACAUUCGAAUUGCUCAGAGGAUGUCAUCAACUAUUGGAAGCGGCACUUCCUGCAGAUUGUCUGCGGGUUGAACAUGUCUUUGGACACAACGCAGACCCAUGGAAUGACUUUGCAGAUCACUUGGCCAAAAGUGAAGCCAAGGCUGGUUUCAUGCUUCCACGAGGAGAUCUCGAUGUUCAAUUCUGGCGUCCUUUGCUGCCUUAUUUGUGGAUGCUUUUUGGGUAUCAGUAUGGCAUGCCUGAACAUUGUGACCGGGGCCUGAUCAUUCCGGCACCGUCAUUACCAGCUCAGCAUGUGCCCAGUCACAAUCCACAGCAGGAGGCAAUUGUUGACAUCCAUUUGACUCUCAGCUUCGCGACUGCCAAUGUCUUGUCUCUCUCCACUCGCCCUGAUGGACAUGCGGGCAAAGUGAACUAUCUUCGAGAGCAAUUCACUUGCCAAGGCCUCAAUUUCCUUGGUUUGCAAGAGACGAGAAGUGCUGCGGGGGCUUCGCUGGUACACCAUGUUUACCGACUUUGCUCAGGAAGCAACAAAGGCCAUCAUGGGGUUGAAUUGUGGUGCAACCUGAAGCAGCCGUAUGGAUACAUUCAAGGUAGACCUCAAUACCUACACAAAAGUGACUUUGCCGUUGUCUACAAUGAUGACACUAGGCUGAUCACGAAGAUUGAUGCGAGCCUACAUCAAUUUUGGGUCAUGGUUUUUCAUGCACCGCAAAGUGGACAACCUCAACGUCUACGAGAACAAUGGUGGGAAGCGACACAUCAACUUCUUGUGGAUCAUCAAGUACAAACUGAUCAACUUUAUGUUUGUGCUGACGCAAAUGCAGCACCUGGUCCUGGUGAUGGACGUCAUGUUUUUGAGGAGACCUUCUCUACAUCGACAUCCACUCCUUUGCUGCAGACUUUUUUGUCCACAUUUGAUUUGUGCCUUCCCUCUACGAGUGAGAUCCACUGUGGUCCAAGACACACUUGGGUCCGACCGGAUGGUUCGACCUCGCAUCUCAUUGACUAUGUCAUGGUGCCAGCUGCACAAUUUCAGGCUUGUUCACAUUCGCAGCUUCUGGAAAACUUUGACUUGGCCAACCUGAAUACAGAUCACACUGCGACAGGUGUUGAACUUUCAUGGUGGACCACAGUGCAGAAAUGUGACGCCUCUCACGAUGAUGGUGGCCUGCGCUAUGACAGAAACAAAAUCAAAGAUGGCAAUCUCAACCAGAUGCUGAGCAACUAUCGUGUCGCGUCCUGGUCAACUGAUGUGGAGACACAGACUCAUGACCUGACCAAGCAUAUUCAUGCCACACUUCAAACAGGAUGCCGACGUGAUCCUUCUCAGCCCAAAAAGGAAUAUGUUAGCUCUUUUGCGUGGGAGCUGCGACGGCAGAAGCUUUUCCAUCGUAAGCAGCUGAAGACAGUGAAAGCUCUUUUGGCACGUGAAACCAUUGCCCGGAUCUUCUAUGCAUGGAAAGGAGAGAAGGGAGACCUUUGUCAGUCCUCCUUUGACUAUGGCUCGACAUUGAGAUGCGGGCUCUUCAAACACUAUGCAGGCUUUCGCAUGACUUCAUGGGGUUUGAAGAAGCAUCUGGAAAGAGACAAGGCCUUCAAGAUUUCUGAAGUUGUAGCCUCUUUCGAUGCAACUACGGCAGCCUCUGAGAUCCAGCACAAGAUGAAGGGCUUCAUUGGCAGCACAAACAAGCUACGACAAGGAUUAGCACCUUUGCCAGCGGUGCGCUCCCAGAAUGGUGCUCCAUGCGCGUCUGAGGCCGCCAAGUUGCUGUAUGGACUCUUGCUGAAGCUGGUCACCCAUGGCCAUGAACCGCUGAUCCACAAAGGGGGCACCGUUGUGCCCAUAUGGAAGGGGAAGUUGGCCAAGGGCACUUGUGAGGCAUUUCGCUCAAUCCUCCUUUCAUCCAAUCUUGGCAAAGUGAUCCAUAGGACACUUAGGGUCCAUCAGCGCAGCAUGUAUGAAUCCUUCCUUCAUGCCCAACAACUUGGGGGACGUCAAAAAGUCCCUGUCACCUUGGGAGCCCACCAGACAAGAGCCUUUCUUCGUUGGCAACGGGCGCAAGGACACUCUACUGCGAUUCUGUUUGUGGACCUACAGGAAGCAUUCUAUCGAGUCCUCAGACAGCUGGCUAUGCCUGGGGAUUUCACGGACCUUGAGCUGGCACAGCUUGCUUCGAGAUUGGGUUUGGAAUCUGAUGUUCUACAUGACUUGUGGGCGUUUUUGCAAGAACCACAUGCUCUUGAGCGCGCAAGUCUCCCGGUCUCGGCUCAGCGGGCUAUCCAAGCGCUCCACUCCAACACCCACUUUCAGCUGCCCAACCAGAAGGAUUUUGUGUCCACAUCAAUGGUUACCAGGCCCGGCGAUGCAUAUGCUGAUGUGGUGUUUGGAUUUUUACUCGCAAGAGUUCUCAAGGUUUUUGAGGAGGCCUUAGCAAGAGCAGAUGUUCUUUCUGAAAUUCCCACUCAAGAUGGGCCGGCUUUCUUCAAUUUGGAGGUGUCCCAGGCACCAACUUCUCAGCGCUUUCUUGGACAUGCCAUGACGCCCAACUUGCGCCCUGGGAAAACGGAGCUCAUGAUCAGUCCGAAAGGACAUGGGACAAGGGAGUGGCGCAAAGAGAUGUAUGGGCCACUUUCCAACGAGCAUUUCACGGCAGUUGGCGAAUAUGGACCCUAUCACAUCCAUCUUGUGACCAAGUAUGUGCAUUUGGGAGGAGUCUUGCAUCAUUCUGGAGAAGUUCGACUGGAACUGAGCAGAAGAGUCGCUUUGGCGCAUCAGGCUUUCAGCAAGCAUCGCAAGCUGAUUUACCAAAACAGUGCGCUAUCUCUGGGCAAGCGCAUGGAGAUCUUCAGAAGCUUGAUACUGAGUCGCCUCCUUUACGGGUCUGACUCUUGGGUCUUACAUGAUCUCCUCACCAAGCACCGUGCACAUGUCGCCAUCAUGAAGCUCUACAGACGGCUGCUGGGAUGCGCCCAUGAGGACGCCAUAUCAGAUGAUGAGGUACUCUUCCGUUUGGGCAUGCCAUCGCCCACGGUUCUUCUACGUCUGGCUCGACUUCGAUACAUUGGAUCUCUUUGCAGCAUUGGCACUACAGCCUGCUGGGGCCUGCUCAAUGAGGAUUGCAAAUGGAAACAGUUGGUGGAAGACGAUUUUGCAUGGCUAUGGCGCAACCUGUCCAACACCUGCAAAUUGGGUGACCCGGCUCUACACAUGAGCCGGUGGUUUGAAAUUUUGGUUUGGCACCGCAGUUAUUGGAGAAGUUUGCUUCGACGAACCGAAAAACAUGCCAUCCAGCAACAUGCCUUGAAGUUUCAAUGCACCCAAUUUCACAUGAAGAUUCGUGACCUUCUUGUGGGAAAUGGAUUUUGGUCCCCGCCUACUGUAUGUGCUCCAGAAGAUGAUUGCGAUCGUUGCUUUGGAUGCAUGCAUUGUCAGAUUCGCUUGAAGACCAAGGGCGGAGAGGGAGCUCAUAUGUGUCGAGCACACAACAAAGUCAACCCGAUCCGUUACUACAUCUCAGGGACGCAAUGCAUGGCGUGUCUCAGGGAGUAUCACACGGUGGGUCAGCUUCAAGCUCAUCUUCUUCGCAGCGAAGAGUGCCGAGCCUACCUCCUACAACAUCGCCUACGAGGCCACGCACUUCCUGGCAUUGGUUCCAAAGAAGAUGUGGCGAGGCAUCAAAGCAUGGACGGCAAGCUACCGCCCUUACAGGCGAGUGGCCCGCUGAAGCCUCAACGUGGUGGACCAGACCUCUCGCGGGUCGAUUGGGAUCUACACGAUGAACUGGCGCUGGCUAUUCUUGAUGCCCAACAGCAGACUGAAGCGGUGAACCUGAUGAGUCGCUUGCAACAGUUAAUUCUUCAGCAUGAGAUUGCCUGGACCUAUUGCAAGGUCACUCUUGGUGAACUUUUACAGACAGUCCAGGAUGAACCACAUGGAUGGGACCUUCUUCCUAAAGAACAUGUGAUUGCGACCAUUCGUGCUUUGUCUAUGCAGGAGACGUGGCCUUUUUUGACAAGACCUUGCACUCCUUCAAGUUUGUCUACGCCAUCUUUGGAAGACCUCGAGAAGGAGUGUGCGACUGGCUUGAUCAAUUGCCCUGAGGUUGAGGGUCAAAGGAUUCCCCGUCCAUGUGGGAGACACCAGAUUGUUUUGCAUGCCUUCAGUGGGAGGCGACGACGAGGGGACCUUCAAUUUUACAUGGAGGAGAUCUUUGAUCGAUUCUCUGAGGGAGUGCACCUCACUGUCGUCUCACUCGACAUCGUGGUUGACCGCAUCCAUGGAGACGUUACUUCGGAGCAGACACAGCAGUUUUGGUUCUCCCAUGCUUCGAGCGGUGAGGUUGCAGCAUUCCUUUGUGGUCCACCAUGUGAGACAUGGAGCAAGGCGCGUUUUGCCAACCCAGCUCACCAAGCACAUGGACCCAGACCUGUCCGAUCUGCUCAGGAGUUGUGGGGCCUUUCGUCACUCAGCCUACGUGAACUUGCACAGGUGACCGUUGGCAACCAUCUUUUAUGCUUUUCGCUGGAGAUGUUGUUUCGUUUGGCGAUUGUGGGCGCCUUGGGAGUGAUGGAACACCCGGAAAUGCCGGAUGAUGAGCACAUGCCAUCUAUUUGGCGUCUGGACGUGAUGAAUUGGCUCCAUCAGAUGCCGGGCGUGCAGUCCUUCAGCUUCAGUCAGGGUCUUCUAGGAGCACCUUCGCCGAAACCGACGCGCCUUCUAGUCCUCAACAUGGACGGCCUUAUGAGCGAGCUGCGAAGACACCAUCUUUGUGCUGACCUGCCGCGCAGAUCGGCCAUCGGCAAAGAUGCCGAGGGCUUUUGGAAGACAGGGGUGCUCAAAGAGUACCCGCCGGCAAUGAGUCGAGCUCUUGCCAUCCAAUUUUGCCGUUCACUGUCAGCUUGCCCUUUCGAUGCAACGGUGCAACUCAGUGACCAAUUUGUACAGCAAUGCCAGGCCAUGGACGUCAAAGCAUAUGGCCAAACCAUCGGGCAGGACUUUGCACACUAGCAUCUGCCGGUGGGAAUUCGUAUGCGUGCCGCACCGAAAGGGAUCCGUGAGCAUGUGC